UGCCCGCCCACCCAGUUAUCGAGCGAAAACGAAAACGCAGUGGUUGAUCGGGAUUUGCAAAUAAAGGCCGCCGAGCGUCUAGUUGCCGCAAUUUUCGCGGCGAGGCAACACCCUUGAACCCUUCCGCGGUCGCCGGGCCAGCAAAAAUACCCGACGGAAAAUGGCAGCACCAGUGAAGAAGGUUCCCAUUCACCUUCAGAGCUCACAAAACCGUCUUCUUAUCAAGAAUGGCAAGAUUGUGAAUGCUACUGGAAUGCAAGAUGGAGACGUCUUUGUGGAAGAUGGAAUCAUCAAACAAAUCGGCACCAAUCUCAUCAUUCCUGGGGGCACCCGUGUGAUUGAUGCAAGGGGAAGGUACCUUCUUCCCGGAGGUAUUGACCCUCAUGUUCAUUUUUCAUUUGAGUUCAUGGGUCAAACCUCAGCUGAUGAUUUUUAUCAGGGUACAAAGGCUGCUAUUUCUGGAGGUACUACAAUGAUUAUAGAUUUUGCUAUCCCGAAAAAGAAAGAGUCACUCCUAGAGCAGUAUGAUAAAUAUCGUCUAAUGGCAGAUGACAAGGUUUGCUGUGACUAUGCUCUCCACUGUGGUAUUACAUGGUGGUCUGAUAAAGUAAAGCAGGAAAUGGAGAUUUUGUGUAAAGAGAGGGGCGUCAAUUCUUUUAAAGCAUUCAUGGCAUACAAAGAUGACUUGAUGAUUCGUGAUGAUGAGCUUUACAAGAUGUUUGAGACAUGUAGGCAACUGGGAGCUGUGGCAAUGGUACAUGCUGAAAAUGGGGAUAUCAUUGUUGAAAAUUCGAAAAAGCUUCUGUCGAAAGGUGUAAAGGGCCCUGAGGGUCACGAGCAAUCCCGACCUGAGGAGGUGGAAGCUGAAGCCACCAACCGUGCUUGUGUUAUCGCUAAGCAAGUCAACUGUCCUCUGUAUGUUGUUCAUGUUAUGAGCAAAGAGGCAGGAGAUGUUAUAUCGAAGUAUAGGGAGCAAGGAUGGCCUGUCUAUGGAGAGGCACUUGCCGCAGGUCUAGGCACAGAUGGUCGUCCCUGCUGCAGUUCCAACUAUGGCCUUGCUGCGGCUCACAUCAUGAGCCCUCCUCUUCGUUCUGAUCCAGCAACCAAAGAACGGCUCAUGGAUCUUUUGGCUUCAGACGGGCUUCAAGUUACUGGCAGUGACAACUGCACUUUCUCUUCCAAGCAAAAGGCUGUUGGCCAGAACGACUUCAGUAAAAUUCCAAAUGGUGUCAAUGGUGUUGAGGAUCGCAUGUCAGUAGUGUGGGAGAAAGGUGUGCAGUCUGGAAAGAUAACGCCACCUCGUUUUGUGGAAAUUACUAGCACCAAUGCUGCUAAAAUUUUCAAUUUGUACCCAUCCAAGGGUGCUAUUGGCCUUGGUUCAGAUGCUGACAUUGUCAUUUGGAACCCAAACAAAACACGAGUUAUCUCUGCUAAAACUCAUCAUCAGGCAACUGACAUUAAUAUUUUUGAGGGGAUGGAGUGUCAUGGCGUGCCUGAAUAUGUCAUUGUGAGUGGUAGAGUUUGUGUGGAUGAUGGUGAGCUGAAGGUUGUGCAGGGACAUGGUCGUUUCAACCCGACCCCGCUCUAUCCCCCUACAGUAUAUGACUCUCUUGCUACGGAAGCUGAAAAGGCCAACUAUGCUCCUUUGCCAGAUCUGAUCACUGAAACAGCCGAUCAGGUUUCUCAACUGCAUGUCAAUGGCAGCAAUGGAGAUGCUGCUCCAAUCAGUCCAAGCCCCAUUACCGUCUUUUCUGACCAGACAAACACCCCUACUGGGAAAGGAGCACGCCAGGAAGGGCAGCGUAAUUUGCAGGGCUCCAGCUUCUCCAUUAGUAGUGAGGUUGGUGACACUUCAAAGCGCUCAGGCAUUCGUGUUCACAAUCCGCCUGGCGGAAGAUCCUCUGGAGGUUUUUGGUAAAAGGCUCCCAAUCAGUAUGACCAUGUUUCAAAAUCUGUCUAGUCUUUCUUGUUUUAUGUUUAAAUAAUUUGUACGAACUGAAUUAUUCAAGAGAUUUGACCCAGGGCUAUACCUGCCAUUGGUUUCUUUUACUUAUCUGGCACAGUAUUAUUACAGAUAAUAUGCUAGAAAGUUUAUUUUUAAAAAUAAUGUUGUGACGCAGCUGUGCGCUCUGUUCAUUUUACAUUUUUUAUUGUUACAUUAAGGUUCAACUGAGCUACUUGAAAUUCAUAAGGUACUUUGUUUUUACUUAAAAAAAUCUUCUGAGCUCUUCCAGUUAGCUUAAACUUGACAGAUCUUAUGGCAUUUUUGUAAUGCUGUGGUCCUAUGUGUUCCACAUUGUGAGGCGGAUAAUUCACUAAAUCUUCCUGUUGUGGUUGUGUGAUUUUGGUAUAAUGCUUGAAAUAUUUAAAUUAUGAUUUGUUCAAUCAAUUCAUUUUGCCAAAAUUAAAAUUCUCAAUUUAUUCAUAUCUUUUGUGCUUUUCCAAUGUGAGUUUUUUGGUGUGUACCCUCUUAUUUUUAUUAUAUUCUGUAGAAAACUUCCAUUUUAUUGUGUUAUGGAGAAAUUUGGUUUGCACCCAUUCAUUGGCUUAGUUUGUUCUGAGACUUCACUGUUAAUUUUAUUUGUCAUUUUAUUUUUAAUUCGUUAUGCGUUUCUUCCAUUAGAUAUUUUGUAGUCUGUAGAGUGCUUGAGCAUUUUUGUCUCAGAUGUGUACUGCAAAGUCUUCUUUUAUAGUUAUAGGACGAAAGACUUAUAAAAAAAAAUUGAGACAAGGAAUCGAGCAAGUCACAAGUAUAUGUGCCAUGUUUCUUGAUUUCCUGUUAGAGCUUUGAAUUUUUACCUGUGAAUAUUGUGAAAUGACCUUAUCAAAAGGUCCUCCCACUUAAAGAAAAUAUAUUGAUUUGGGGCAUGUAUCUCCUGUGGACCAUUGCAUGCCAAGCCCUCUUUUAUCUGUCACUAUUGGUGUCUUGAGCUUUUGAGUGAUCAUAUGUAUACAGUUUAGAUCUCAGAUUAAAUGUGUUCCUUUGAAGUAAAUUGAAGGAAGAAAAUUAAAUCUGCAAUUGAAGUUGCUUUGACUUAAAUGCAACUUUAAGGAGAUAUUCAUGAUACUGCCUAUUGGUUAAUGCUUGUACAAAUAUUUAUUACUUUUCCAAAUAGCUUUUAUAUGAACUGUUAAAUAAGUGUGCAGGUAUCAGCCAAUUAAACUGUGGGCAUCCCUUCCACUGGUAUGGAAGUAUAUAAAAAUAUUUAUUGUGUAUCUAUCACUCGGUGUAUUUUUAGAGUGACAUGUAAACUUUCACUGCUGCUUUUUGCAGCUGUGCAGAUGCUGAAGGAGGCAUGUUACAAUAUUUUCGCACAAACUAUUGAUAUAUCAGGGUUAUGCUCUGAUUCUCCCAAUACGUUGCAUUAAUGCAAAAUCUGACAAUCAGUGUGCUGCUGUAUGUAAUUGUACCCUGCAAUAUAUCCUCUAACUCUGUUUCCAUUGCUUCGAAUUUUACAGGAGCUGUAAUUAAAAACCCUGUGCAUCCUAGUCCCUUCUAGCAUAUCAUUUAAGGCACAUUUUUGUCAUGAAAUUUUAUACUACUAACACAGCCAAAUUAUGUGUAACUUUUUUAUUGCAUCUCAAGUGCACAUUGACUGAAUGUGACACUGACUGACACUAAUUGGAAUGCCUGUCCUACGCCCACAGUUUUUACUAAAUCUCAUUAUGCAAAGCAUUUGCUUAAAAUGUAAGGAUAAAACGGUACCUCUGCACAAUCUGUUGCCAAAUAAUUGUUGUGGUGACAAAUGAGGAUGACACGUAAUGUCAGAAUGAUGUUGACUGUAUUUUAUGCUAUGUUGUCUAUUUGCAAAAUUAAUGCAAAAAAAAGUCUCGCCUUUGUGGUUCCAUAUGCUGAAUAAAAGAAAUCCAACUAAAAGGUA